AUGACCCUUCAAAUUGAUAAAGCAACACUGCUAGCUAAAGUAAUUGCCCAAGUCAGAGUGCUAAAAAAGCAAGCAUACGAGGCUUCCAAGGGGCUACUCGUACCAACAGAUGUUGAUGAAGUUGUAGUUGAGCCAUAUAGUGACGAAGACAUAGCAGAUGGCUCUUUCCCAUUCAAGGUUUCAGUAUGUUGUCGUUAUAAGCUAGAACUCAUCCUAGAUAUGAGGCAAGCCACCAAUGAUCUUGAACUCACUAUAGCUAAGGCGGAGAUUUCUACCUUAGAGGCCAGGGUAAAGAAUGUUCUUAUUGUCACUGGCCACAAAGAUGACAAUGGUGAUGAUAAAAUAGACAAAUUCGCAAAGUGUAUACACAAAGCCCUGUGUUCUGUACUCUAA